GAACGGCAGUGAACGCACCCUUAGUCCGGACCAGGGGGCGUAGGUUUGACCGGCUUCUCGGAGGCUCAGACACAAUGAACCGUCAGACGGUGCGAGGCACGCAUGUUGGCCUGGAGGCAUUGGCACGGUUUUAGCACGUUAUUAUUCUCAAUUGUGCCUUUUUUGGUUUAUUUAGUCGUUUUCAAAGUGUUGACACACUGUAUGGCGGUGAGGGCUCGGCUGGAAACGGUUGGUUCGUCGAGUUUGAUGAAAACGAGGUCAGAAUCUAACUACCGUUAGCCCCUCCUGGACGAUUCUUUUCGUUAUUUUUUUUUCUACAACCAGCAAAGCAAGUCCGGUAACGAUGUCGUUUACUGCCUCGUCUGAUUAUUUCGCUGCCGAGUGUCUGGUAUCGAUAUCCAGCGGUCCUGUCCUGCACAGACCCACCCCGGUCGCCCCCGCCAGCCAGCCGGCCACGGUGGGCCUGCUCCCUGGGGAGCCCGACGGGUCAAGCGAGGACAGGGAAGUGCGGGAGACGCUCAGGCUGGAGGGGGCGAACAUGAUGGCGGUGGCCGGUAUCCUGACCGACCUGCACGGUAAGUUCCGCCCCAUGUCGGCCUACUCGGAGAGCAGCAACUCCUCGUGCGGUGGAGAGAGCGGCUACACCACGUUGUCCGACCCGACCACCCCUACCAUGACCCCCUCCGCCACCCCGGUCCCCGGACAGCAGCAGCAGUUGAGGGGGGGAGGAGGCGUGGGGGCCCCGCGCUCCCCGGUGAAGCGACACCAGUGCACUUUUGACGGGUGCGACAGAGUUUACGGGAAAUCGUCCCACCUGAAGGCACACAUCCGGACACACACAGGUGAGAGGCCCUUCCCGUGCACCUGGCCUGACUGUGAGAAGAAGUUUGCCCGCUCUGAUGAGCUCGCCCGCCACACCCGCACCCACACAGGGGAGAAACGCUUCCUGUGCCCGCUGUGCGAUAAGCGCUUCAUGCGCAGUGACCACCUGAUCAAGCAUGCUCGGCGCCAUCCAGACUUCCAGCCUUCCAUGUUGGGACGCAGCAAGGGAGCAUCCUCCUCUCCCAGCCAAGCCAUGCACCAUUAGGAUGGUUUUGGGGUGGGGGGCUUCACUGCAGGAGCACAGAAGGGUCACAUUGGUUUCAGGUUAACCAGCAACAAUCAGAUCCACUGACCAGGAUUUAGCAUUGCUGUGUUGUACUCAAAAAAUGUGCACAUAACCCCACACGUACACAAGCCAACACACACAGCUGGAUGUGAGGGGGAAGUAGCCUCAUCUCUCCAUCCACACUGAUGAGUCAUGUGACCACUAUCCACCUGCUCGACAUAACUAGGGUUGGGUAUAAAGAAUGUUCCAAAUCUGUAAGAACGAUAAGAAAUGUGCUUUUCGAUUCCACUUAUCGUUUCCUGAAAGCAAAGUUUGGACCUACCACACUUUCCUUUUCAUUGCCGGUCACAUGUGUAUCAAAGCAUGUGCAUAAUGUUUACAGCAUGAUGUACUGGAGCUAGCUCUCUACUUCGGUAAAGACAGUAAAGAUGCAGUGAAUUGUAAUCACUGCAUGAAAAUGAAUACAUGCAACUGGAAAAAGUCCAUCUGAUGUGACAACACAUUUAUUACAGAAUGGUAUAAGACUGCAGCAUAUUUCAUGUCCUGUAUCAUGACCUAAUGAAUUUAAAUGUUGAAACGUUUUUAUAGCUCAAAUAACCAGAUCUGAAUGUCUGUUUUUUGGUUAAUCCACUGAAUUAAAUACAGGACAAAUCAAGGUACUUCAUCACAUUGAUGCAAAAGUCUAGGAAAUCAAUGAUGCCAUAAAGCAGCCAAUAUUGCCUAAUAGAAAGAUAAAAUUAGGCUUUAAUGACUCGGAAAGUUAAACUUUAGCACAUCAGAGAAUAUUUAUAUUUGUCGUUUGUUUUUUUUUACCAAAAACACAUGACAAAGAACAUCAUUUAUUAAAUGUUUAUGAAAAUAAAUGUUUUUGUCUUUCAACACACUUUGGUUUCUUUUCUCACUCAGGACUCGAUUUGAAUGGGAAUCAUUAAGCAGAUUGGAAUCAAUUUAAAAAUAAACCCAACCCUAAAAAUAACCUCAUAAACUCAAACUGAAACACUUUCACAACUUGCAGGGAUUUCUUCACAUUUUCUGUCAUAAUCUGCACAUUCAUCAUCAGCCAAAAGUCCUCUGUUUUCUUAUGGUUAAUUUGUAAAUUAUUUUUGUGCUCUUCAGUACCAUUUCUUCACCAUGAGUAGCACAAUAUUGUGAUGUUAGGUAGCGAGGCAGUGGCUAGAAGUCUUUUAGCUUUUUUUUUUCCUUCUCCUUUUAGCUUUGCUGAUUGUGACACAUUCCUUCAUUUUUAUUGCAUUAGUAAUGAGGCAAUUUGUCAAUAUUCUUUUGUAUAUCCAAUUUAAUUAUAGAUCAAAUAUUAAUUUUGCAGAAAGUGGAUCAAACUUCACUGUAAAGGAGCUGUUUGCAUGCCAUCUUUAAGUCUAAAUCAGUUAUCAGUUAUCAUCCUUAUGCUGACACAUAAUAUAAAGUAGUAUUAUGUCUAAUACUGAUGCAAAUGUAAAUAAGCUUCAAGCAUUUUAAUGUAGAAAACUGGUAAUGCUACUAGCAGCAGAAUUAAUACACGUGAUGAAUUGUAGUCCUUAUAUUAGGGGUGACAGUAUAUGCUUGAUAGGAUGGCAUUGCCUGUGAGUGUCAGUGUGUAUGUGUUUUUAUUUACACUUUUGUUAGCGACUGAACUUGGAAAAGUUAGUAUGUUAUGGUAUCAUAAUUCUUUGGGGGGAAGUGGGGGGGAAGGUGACAUGAGUUGAGCUUGACUUUCAGCCUGCUGCCUUCAAAGUAAAAGCAUUCACCACACUCAUCAGACGUGUGGAGCCAGACGGCAGAAUGCAUUUCAGGAUCAGGUGUAACCAGGGUUUCUUUACUUGGGUUGAGUUUUGGCAGCAGAUACAUUCUCACAUGUAGCAUCGGGGGGAAAAAAUCCUGUUAGAACUGUUUGUAUUGGAAUCAAAGUUGGCAUAAAACUUAAUAAGAAUGGAUUCAGUCCGCUUAGUAGACCUUUACUGAGGGGGAUAUUUUCACUUGUCAAAACAGCAACAACACAGGUACAACUGAUAAUGCUAGCUAUGGCUCUGUUCUAUCUUUGUGAGUCAUUGAAUCAGCAUGCACAAUGUCUGGGGCAGGCACUUGUAAACAGGAUGCGUCCAUUAAUGACGUUAUUAGUUACACCUCUGUUUGACAACACCAAAUGUCCGCUGAUGAAGAAAUGUUACUAUGCUGUUGAAAUGGGGCUUUGUGAAAGGUCCUGUGUGGAGGAUGUAGGGGUAUCUGUCUGUUUUAUGUUUUCGUGAGGGUAUAAUCACCUUUCAUAUCUUUCAUAUCUAAAGAGCGAGCUGAUCCUUUAUCAUGGAGACAGCCCAUUGAUCCAAUAAGGGAAACUGUGGCUACAGCAAUGGAGGCAGAGCCCAAUUCAGUCCUAUAAAAUCACUCAUUGGCACAUGAAACCAAAAAACAUUAAACUUCGUGAGGGUAAAUUAUCCAGAUCUUCCGCUUAGCAUCUGUAUUGUGUGGCCCAUAGAGUGUGCACACCACAUCAAAUUGGCUUCGAAAAACUGGCGCCGUUCCUUGGGAUUCGACUGCCAUGGUGCAACUAUGUUUCUGCAGUAGCCCAGAACAGACAAACCAGACUCUGGCUCUUAAGAGGGUCCAUAGUGUUUUAAGCAGCUACUAGUACAGAGGCUGAGACGAGGGGUGUUCAGUUGGUUGUGUCUACAACCACAAUGCUAGAUGCCACUAAAUCCUACACACCGGACCUUCAAGAGCCAGUUCAGUCCUUUAAAGAAAACCGGCACCUACAUAUUCCUUUAAGCCAAAAAGUUUGAUAAUCCUUAUGUGUUUCAGGAAUAAUCACUAACUGAAUCAAGCAUUCCUCAAGUAAUUCAGAUGUUUAAAGUCUAUCCAAGUACAUUCAGUGUCCAGGUCUGUUUCUAGAGAGGUUGAAUCUUUUUUUUUUUUCUUUCUUCUGUGUUUCCACACUGUUUUAUGUCCAGCUCACGGACAUCUUCCUUUAUCUCAGAGAACAACACUCUUCAGGAAAAUCUGAAAGCCUUAAACUAUGUCAUAACUACUUUGCACCAUGUUUACAGUUUGAUCAUUGUAUAGGUGUGUAACGCCCUCUCAUGGGCUCAUUACAGAUACUCAUUAUGCAAUAUGGCACUUUUUUCUUACAGGUGUAUUUGGCUGAAUAGUGUAAUGGCUUGCACUGUUACUAUGCUUCUCCAAGCGAGCACUGUGGAACUUUGCUAGUGUGUUGAUAGCCAAUGGUUUGUAAAACUGCCUUUUUGUCCAAGUGCUUUAGAACGUGUGAUAAAAGAACUGGGUAGUUAUUUUUAUUUCAAUUUAUUUUGUGUGUGUGUUUGCUUAGUAAUUCAGGCCAUCUCUUGUUGUGGGAUUUUUUUAUUUUCUUCAUUUGUGUUUCCAGAUCUGUUGUCUCCUCCACACUAAAAUCAAAGAGGAAGGACCUCAGACGUCUUCCUAAUUCAUCUGUCAAAACCAUCUCCAUAUACCGUUUUACUGUUGAUCUCAUUUAAAUGGGAGCCGUACUCACCGGAGUGAAAUUUUGUACACAUUUCGUCUUAAAAGGUUCGAUCUGUCGACAGUUUUUGGUUGCUGCUGGCAGUAGCCUCAAACACAUGGACUGCUUAACAAAGGAACACACACAUUGUUCUUGUUUUAUACGUCUUCAAAUGGACAGACUCGCUCCCGUCUCUCCUCACAGAUGGGAGUGUCUUCUCACACAGACUCUGUCCGGGUCUCAAAGCUAUAAUAUCACAAGAAGAACAUACCUCACAGAUUUAUUUUUUAUUUUUUAUUUGGUGUCUGUACAAUUCCAUCCAACCUGUCUUUCAGAAAUUCCUCUCAAGCCACUGAGCCUUGGAUUUCAGAAAUGUGUUUAUAUCAGCUAGAUGGUCUGUUGUGUAGGCUUUGUCCUCAUCUUGUCUUUAUAUGCAACAUCACUACUUCCUGUGUAGCAGCAGAGUUUCCUUUAUCCCUGCCUCGAUGAACUUCUGUUGUUCUUGGACAGUAGCAGAUGAACCUACUGGAUAAAUCCUGCACCCGACCCCCCUGUCAUUAGAGCCCAGCAGGAGUUUUUAGUCACCAAGGGAAAGACUCACUGCAGGCUCGGACAGAGGCUUAAAAGGGGUAUUAAAAUGUUAAAACAUAAUACCUGUAAACUGUCACUUCACUGCAGAUUUCAAUUGUAAGAGCUCUAGUCCAAAUCUAUUUGUUCAUAUCACUGAAUGUGGCUUGAUGACAAACGAGCAUUAUCCACUUUGGAUUUCAGUUUUGCUGCGCUGCCUCACUGAGAAAAACAAAACAAAAAAUAAAUUAAUAAUGCGAUAAUUUCUCUCGUCACCACACUAAUUCAGAUAUGCACAUUGUACAGAAACAGAUGUUUUUUAAAUUGAUGCCUAAUUUUUACAUUAAUGUAAUUUUUAAAAAAUCCUCUUCUCAAAGCUUUAGUUAAAGAGGAACUGUGGAACUAAAUAAUUGCUGCAACACGCUGUUUUGAUAUUUAUAUUCUCAGGUGUCUUCAAUUUUUUGAGCAUUGGAGUUUCAAUAUUUCCUGUUCAACACCUAAGUACAAGCAUGUUUUAUUUCUCUUUGUUAUGCCGAUUAAUUUAUUUCCAACAAGAAUUGUAUCAUUUGUGUGGUUUAAUUAUUCUUUUCAUAACUCAUUUUUGUGAUAUGGAACAGUACUAAUAUUAAAUGGUUCCAUUGUUUGCUUGACAUGAGAAUACCAGUGCUUUUUUUAAAAAUAAAAAUCCUUAAGUUGA